CACCUUCACCCAAGUGGCCCGGCAGCGGAAGUGACGAACACGGAAGUGGUUUUCUGUUGCCGAGGGGACGGGCCGGGCAGAUGCCAACAUGGCAGCGGUUGGGGCUGGUGGUUCCACCGCGGCGCCCGGGCCAGGGGCGGUUUCCGCGGGUGCAUUGGAGCCGGGGACCGCCAGUGCGGAGUUGUUUCUCACUUGGGAGGAAGCCGAGGCACGUGGCCAGGGUUUGCCUCAGCCAUUACCUGACACCUCGGUAAGGAUUCCAGCUCACAGGCGCCUGAAGUACAUAUCCCUAGCUGUGCUGGUGGUCCAGAAUGCCUCCCUCAUCCUCAGCAUCCGCUACGCCCGCACGUUGCCAGGGGACCGCUUCUUUGCCACCACUGCUGUGGUCAUGGCGGAAGUGCUCAAAGGUCUCACCUGCCUGCUGCUGCUCUUCGCACAGAAGAGGGGUAACGUGAAGCACCUGGUUCUCUUCCUCCAUGAGGCCGUCCUGGUGCAGUAUGUGGACACACUCAAGCUCGCAGUGCCCUCUCUCAUCUACACCUUGCAGAAUAACCUCCAGUAUGUUGCCAUCUCUAACCUACCAGCUGCCACUUUCCAGGUGACAUACCAGCUGAAGAUCCUGACCACAGCGCUGUUCUCCGUGCUCAUGCUGAAUCGCAGCCUUUCCCGGCUGCAGUGGGCCUCCCUGCUGCUCCUCUUCACUGGCGUCGCCAUUGUCCAGGCACAGCAAGCUGGUGGGGGAGGCCCACGGCCACUGGAUCAGAACCCUGGGGCAGGCCUGGCAGCCGUCGUGGCUUCCUGUCUCUCCUCCGGCUUCGCAGGUGUCUACUUUGAGAAGAUCCUCAAAGGCAGCUCAGGCUCCGUGUGGCUGCGCAACCUACAACUGGGCCUCUUUGGCACAGCACUGGGCCUGGUGGGGCUCUGGUGGGCUGAGGGUACCGCCGUGGCCACCCGUGGUUUCUUUUUUGGGUACACACCUGCUGUCUGGGGCGUGGUGCUCAACCAGGCCUUCGGCGGGCUACUGGUGGCUGUGGUUGUCAAGUACGCUGACAAUAUCCUCAAGGGCUUUGCCACCUCCCUGUCCAUUGUGCUGUCCACUGUUGCCUCCAUUCGCCUCUUUGGCUUCCACGUGGACCCAUUAUUUGCCCUUGGCGCUGGACUCGUCAUUGGUGCUGUCUACCUCUACAGCCUUCCCCGAGGUGCAGCCAAAGCCAUAGCCUCUGCCUCUGCCUCCGCCUCCGGGCCCUGCGUUCACCAGCAGCCUCCCGGGCAGCCACCGCCACCGCAGCUGUCUUCCCACCGUGGAGACCUCAUCACGGAGCCCUUUCUGCCAAAGUCAGUGCUGGUGAAGUGAGGGCUGGUAGCAAUGGGGGGACACAAGGGAGGGGGACUGGGGUGGAGGGUGUUGGGCAUCUGCAGGACCCAAGUCGCCGCCCUCCGGGGCCUGGCUCCUCUGGGUUUGGGAGAUGGUCUUUUCUCCCAGGUCACUGAGACUUCUGGAGGGGUGUGGGACUAGAGCUGGGUGUCACGUGAACCCUUCCUGGUAGGCUGACCCCCUUCCCCUGGAGGGGGUUUUAGAGCUGCCGCCUCUGCUCCCUCUAACCUCUUUGGAGGCAGGGUUGGGGGUAUUGUCAUUCAAGGCCUUUUUUUUGUCUGCCCCCUCCCCGACCCUGUGCCCUCUUCUGGAGGUGUCUCGUCUGGGAGAGUCCCUCCCAGCAGUCCCUCCACCUCCAUAAGGACACACUGGACAAAACUCCCGCAGCUCUUCAGGAAUGACCGAUGCCUACCUGUGGGGUUCAGUUGCCUAUAGUUUGAGGCCUUCUCUCCUCCCUUACCACCGCUCUGGAUCAUGUUACCAGUUCCGUCUUUUGUGUGGCCUUGGGCCAGCUUCCUUGACACCUUGAAGAUGGGCUUCUUGUGAGUCCCCAGGGAGAAAGGGACAAAAGCUAAGAUUUUUGCAUCAGCCCUUCUGGCAGAAAGUGUGGUAGGGGCCAUUUGUUUUUUUUAGUGGACUUGGGAUUUGUGGUGUAAUCAUAUCAUUAAUGAUCCAGGGUGUGGGAAAAAUGGAGGUCCUUGAAGUGGCUGAAUCUCAUUGUAUUUAAGACACUGUCAGUUGCCAGAUGUAGGGUUAUUUUUGGAGACGUCUAGGAGAGGAAAAAUAAAGCUGCCAAUCAUACUCUUGAUAUCCGUCUGGCUGUGUGAGGCACCCCUACCUCAUGGGGGUGUCUUGGGAUUGAUGAACUGUGGAACCUGCCUCCUGCGCUCCCCAAAGCUUAUUAACCCCUUAACUGUAUUGGGGCGGGGUGUGUGUGUGCAUGGAAGAUGCCUGGGCUGUCUUUGCUAUAUGUAAAUAGAGCCAUUGGAUCUUUAUUUUUGAUUAAUUUGUUCUGAUUUUUUGGUUUGUUUUUUAAGGAACUGUAAUGAACAAAUGUCAGGAUAUCCAAUGCCAAAUAAAGAUGUUGUAUUUAUUUA